ACCGCAACUAUCAAAGAAAUGAAUGGGUCAAACUCCCCUACAAUCUCUACGCAUCCAAACGAUAUUCAUCUCCUAAAUAUUACUUGAUCCGUAAAAUCCUCACACACAUAGACACACAUACACACACACUUACUUGAGUGUUGCAUCUGUUAAGAAUUUGCUCUUUUAUUUCUAAUGGUUCUACUUCUACUCUUCCAUUUUAGACAUUCGAGACCUUUAAACACAAACACUUCGUGUUGUAGUGAAUGAUGGAGUUGUAUUUUGAACUCGAAAAAGGCAUGCCUUUCUGCAUUGAAGUUGGCUACUUUGAUACAAUGAAAGAAAUCAAAGAAAAAGUGACAAAGUAUCAUGGUAUUCCAGUUCAUGAACAAACCCUAAUGUUCAAAGGAAGAAUCCUACCCGACGAUCUCAACAUUCACAACUCCAACAUCUUUGAUAGCUCACACCUUAAGCUUAUGAUCAACAGUCCCACCAAAAGUACCACCACCACCACCAGCCCCACCACGGAUCCUCAACAACCACCACCACACAUAACCACCACCGCCAUCACCAUUACCAAGGUCAAAAUCGAAGAAACGUUUUCACCGGCUUCCUGUUCUUCCUCCCAGAAGAUCAAACUUUUCUUGAAAACCUUCGGAGUAGCAAUUGAAAUGGACCCGAAUGAUUCAGUUUUGAAGUUGAAAGAGAAGAUCAACGAAAUGGAAGGAAUCCCAUUUAGCAGAAUGAUUAUUCAUGCAAAUGGGAAUGAAUUGCAUGAUCAUAAGACAUUACAUGAGUGUCAAAUUGUUGAUGGUUCAGAAGUUGAGAUUACACUUAAGCCACCUACGCCUACGCCUAUGAUGACAAUAACGACAACCACCACAACCACAACUGCAACCGCGCUUUGUAAUCUAAGCAUGAAUUUGAUGGGACAUAAUAAUUGCUCAAAGAAAUUGAAGGUAAAUGUGAUGUCAAAAUGCGGGGAUAAGAUUACAUUGGAGGUGAAUCCACUGAGUAAUGUGGGAGAAUUGAGGAAGGAGUUGCAGAAGGUGAGAAGUCAAGGGGUAGGGUUCCGUUUACCAGAAGAAGGAUAUUUCUUUAUAUACAAACAAAAUGUCAUGGAAGAAGAUCAAUCUUUCAGAUGGCAUCAAGUCGCACAAGGCGACACCAUUGAGAUAUUUAACGGGUGUGUCACCGGUGGGUCUUGA